AUGAGACUUUACAUAAGCUUGGAAAAGAUUAACUUUCUUGUUACAGAAUCCUUAUUACUAAGGAUAGUUCGCGUCUCAAUCCCUUCACAUCGACUGAGGGGUCAGACGGUGCAGUUGGAUUGUGAUUACGAGCUGGGCGACGACACACUUUACUCGGUGAAAUGGUACAGAGAUAAUGAAGAGUUCUAUCGAUUUAUGCCGAAAUAUGAUCCUCCUAAACACUCGUAUAAACUCGAAGGCAUCAAAGUCGAUCUUUCAAAAUCGGAUGACAAAAAAGUUGUGCUGCAUCCGGUGACUUUGAAAUCAUCAGGCUUAUAUCGUUGCGAAGUUUCGGCUGAAGCGCCCAGUUUUGCUUCUGCUGCUGGAGAGAGCAAAAUGGAAGUAAUAUACUUACCACGAGACGGACCGAGGAUAACGGGUAACGAAGAAGAGAAUCGACGAGGGGAUUCUUUAUUCUUAAACUGUACGUCAGGUCGGUCUUACCCCGCAACGGUUCUAAGUUGGGACAUUGACGGUGAAAAGGUAACAGACCCAAGAUUGUUGGUUGAAUAUCCGCCAAUCCAACAUGCACAUGGCCUACUGUCGACGGCGCUUGGUUUGCGAGUGCCAACAGGUAGAACCAUGCAAGUGCGAUGCACAGCACGAGUGGCUCUCGCUUGGAAAGAAGGCAGUGAAGCCGUCGUUGGUAACAAUCAGCUUGCAGACAGCAAAGAAGCUAUGCUUUUAGUGCGGAGCUCAAGCGCGGCAUCUACAUUGAGUAUAAUAUUAUUAACAUUUUCUGUUCUCCAAGUUCUUAGUUCUUUCGUGAUAACGGAAACGUGAUAAAUUGUGUUUGUUCUUAUUAUUAAUAACGUUAUAACACUGUCAGAAAUACUCGUCACUUGAAGGACAACCGUUUACGCACGUCGACUAGUUAUGUUUCUUAUUGUUAGUAAUAAUUAAUAAAUUAGGUGAAUAAAUUAGUUUCACCCGAAGACUUUAAGUGUUUCUAUCCAGUUACAUUAAUAAUCGGCGACUUUUAGUGAAAUUUUCAUAUCAGACACAUAUCUUGACCUACGUAAAUGAUGCUUGUAAACUAUAUUGUUUUAAAUAGUUUAUUUUGAUAAAAGAAUUUAAUAAAUAAAAACAAAAGUCAAUUGUUAAGUUUUGUACUUUGGUCAUUAAGCUUGUCAUAACAUCUUGUGAUUGUACAUAAAUACAUCUUUAGGAACGCCUUCUUAGAUAAUACUACAAAUGUUGUAAAUAUAUUAGAUCGAGUUCUUUUGUAUAAUUACUGCAUAUACUAGUUACUAAAACUUGUACGUAUAUAUAUUUAUCGGAGAUGUUACGUAAAUUUCAUACAUAUGUGUUUGGUCUUUAUUAUUUUAAUAAAUAUGAUGAU